GCUGGUGUGUGUUGUGGUGGUUGUUGAGAUGUCGUGCGACUGACAAAUAUAUUGAAAAAUAAUAUUGCAGCCUGCUUAGUUGCUUCGUUAAAGGUGUGUGAGUUGGUGAGCGGUGGAUUCUACUAGUGCGUCGUCAAUUUCGUCGUCGCCUCCCAAUUUUCCAAACAAGUUGGUAUAUUCCGAAAUCGAUUAUUGAGCAAGUGGUGUUGCCGUGAUUUUUUGGACAAUUUUGAAUUUGCUCGCUGAGGAACGAGUGAGUGAGUAGUAAAAAUGAGCAAUUUGCCGGACGACGCGCCACCCCCGCGACUCUGUCAUUUAAGCAAAUGGCCAGAUUUCGACGGCUAUGGGUUCAAUUUGCAUGGCGAGAAGACGAAGCCUGGCCAGUACAUUGGCAAAGUGGAUAAGGACUCGCCCGCUGACUUGGCCGGAUUGAAGGCGAAUGAUCGCAUCAUCGAAGUCAAUGAUACCAACAUUUCAAAUGAAAAUCAUAAGCAGGUGGUUCAGAGGAUCAAGGCUGUCCCGAAUGAGACGAAGCUCUUGGUGAUGGACGAGAAGACGGACCAGUUCUACAAGUCGAGGAACAUUGUGGUCACGGGGUCCAUGCCGAACGUUCUGUACAAGCAGACACCCGUGCCACGCCCCAACGUCACCACCGUCGUCCUCACCCCCACCAACAACGAGACGGUCAAUCACGCCGGGUCCACGCACUCCGAGGAGGACAGGCCGUCACGAAUGUCGGACAGCUACCACUCGGGAUCCGGAUCGUCCUCACCCAGCAAGACGAAUUCGCUGAAGAAGGAGGAGGCUGCUCACCACCACCACUCCUCCUCCGCCUCCCACAGCCCCACCCACCAUCGUGGAAAGAACGGCUACAACGGGAAUGGAAACCACAGCGUUGACGACGAUGGGGGCAGCUCGCUGGGCGGCGGUCCAUCCCCCACGCCAUACGCCAUGUCAACCACGCCCAGCUCGGCGUCCCCCUCGCCCAUCCCCAUGCUGACCAAAUCCUCGUCAGGGAGCAAUGCCAACGGGCUCGACUUGAACAUGACAGCUUCCGAGAUGCGGGCCAAGCUCGCGGCCAGGAAGAAGGACAAAAUGGACCCCAAAAAUCAGAAUAUCGACUUAAAAAAGAAGUACGACAUUAUUCAAACACUUUGAAACGGAAGCGGGCACGAUGCAAAAAAUGCCAGAGUCUAAAAUAAUAUUGGAUAAGAUAGAAGAUAGCGUUUAAAAAAAAUUAGGAUAAUUUCAGGAUGACAUCCAGGGGUCAAAAUCAAGCUAAAAUCCAUCACAUCUACUACUUUGUCCCUUCGUUUUGAAAAUAAUUAGUUUGGGCAAUAAGUAAUAAAUAAAAAUAAAUAAAUAAUUCGAAUAGCUGAUUGGUGUAAUUUUCGUCGGUGAAUAAUUAUGAGUUUACUGUAAACGAUUUGGACGGGAAAAUGACUCGUCCAUAUUCAUGAACUUAGAUUUUGAUGAGUUAAUCAUUCCGUUCUAAAAAAAGAGUGCUAAAAUUAUACUUUAGAAUUUAUUAGAAUUUAUUUAGUUAACUGUUUCAGUACUUAUUUAGAUUUGGAGUUAAAUAUUGUAGAGCGAAUUUUGUAAUUUCUUCUUCAUCUGACUCUGUCCUUGGGGUGUGCGGUUUGCUAUUUGGUAAAAACGGGAUUUCGUACAUGAAUGUUGUCCAAUUAAGUAAUACAAAAAUAAAUGAGCUUUAGACAAAACUUGAGCAACGAACUAAAAUUAACUCGUGAAAAAAGACAGUAUAAUUUUUCCAAAUUUGAGAAAUUCAAAAGUUGUAGUAGGCGAAAUUCGGGUUGAAAAAAGGUGUCAAUAAUUUCACUUCAAAUACUGAUAGCUUUUUUGACAUGAAUUUAUUUUCACUUUACAAUUUACACUCUUACGUUUUCCACUGUGUUUAGAAUAGUAGUCGUAAAAUCGACAGGAAAGUGUGCACUUUGUCUAAAUCAGUACUUACUAUUGUAGUUUUCGUCGUUUGAAUUAUAUAUUAAGAGGAUUCGAUAACUUGUUUUUUUUCAGGGAAUGCUAACAGGUGUGUGUCGACGAUAAGAUAAAAAUUAAGUAUUUUGUAUUAUCUAGAAUAUUGAUAAGUAUACGGUACAAAUUAUUAAAAGUCGUCCUGAAUAAAUAAAUACACUAUUUCGUGUUGA